UCCGAAGGACGGAAACUUCUGGAGUUCGUAUCGACCUACUCUCGGGACUCAACUUCCAGCUAAAUUGGAGCGUAUCUUUAGAAGAAGGCAAGGAGCUCAUAAUAGGAUUGGGCAGUCGAAUAGCCCAGCUAUUAUCAACUGCGUUGUGGUUUGUCGCUCUACAGUCUGCUAUCCCAGUGUCACUGAAACUAGCGGGUUCAUACAAUCCAACCCUGCCUGACACGUCGCUAUGUUCGAGCGUCGCGCAGCUGACCGCUACCGUCUCCGGAUGCACCGUGCCCGGACGGUCGCUCUAACAUCGGAUGAGAUUGUCGAAGUACGAGCCGCGCAACGGACUUUUGAAGGCGCCUAUGUCCGGACAGCACUGUCACAAUUCUCAUUUGCCCUCGUUGUCCUCAAGAUCUUCACCAGCGAAUUCUACAGCACCGGAGCUCUCUUUGCUAUCUACGGAACGGGCGUACUCAUCAUCGGUCUUUUCCGUCGUCAACAGGGAAACCGCCAGUUCUUUUCCGAAGUCGGAGAAGACGGGGUUCAUCGCCACAAAUUCAAGACGAGUGGGAAUGCAGUACUGGUCCUUACAGCCCUGAGUCUGGCUGCGUAUGCGACCCUCAUCGCGCUGACUGUGCGGCUAGGCCGAUAAGUCCAGGGCAGCGGACAGCAAGGGGCGUCGCAUAACCUAAUCUCUAUCAAUCCAUCUAACUGAAGAACGACGUGCGUCGGCAACU